AGGUCGUCUUCAUCAGUUAAGCCGGAAAGUAAAACUAUUUGCAGCGUUGUCCGCUGACCUUAGGUUUACCCAAUAAAGAAUUUUUUUUUUUAUUUUAAAAAAAGACGCUGGAAGUUCCAACAACAAGGAAUCGACAUCGAUAGAGAAGCUCCAACCACCAGAUGAUUCAUUACCAGUUCUAAGCUACGAAGAAUCCGGUUCCUAGAAAUUGACACGCGCAUGUUGAAGCACGUCUGUGUAGCUGCAUAUCUGCAAUAAUCCAGUUCCUGUCUGGUAUAUACCACCAAUCUUCAGUUGGUUACGAACAAUUUCCUUACUCUUAUCCCAAAACCUAGUUUGUUGGGCUCUCACUUUCUCUUCAGCUAAUCCUCUCGCUCGAUCUUCGUUGGUUCCCCUUGUUUGACUUCACUUUAAGCAACCUCUUCUCCAAUCCUCCUGUCUAUGUCCUAAUGGGUUGUUUUCUUCGGGGAUCGUGGGUUUGUUAUCCGAACCGUGUUCUUGAGAGAAGGGGCGAAUCGAUUCUGACCCAGUAGAAAAAAAAUGGGUACUUGGAGUUGUGAUCUGAGAAAGCAGCAAAAUUUGAGGGUUUGGGGAUUAGGGUUUGUGCUGCGGGUUCUUUUCGGUUUAUCAAUUUGGUUUGCUGUUUCGCAACCGGCAGCCGGGCUGAGACCCAUAAGGGAGAGAGCUCGAUCAUGGGGUGACGAGUGGCUUUUUGGUAGAAAAGAAGAAAGUGAAGUGGGACCGUUUUCCGCUUGGAAUAUUACGGGAACAUAUAGAGGGACUUGGAAUUUUCUAGAUUCUGCAAAUAGCUCUUCGAGAUUUCCAGAUUUCAGAAAAGCAAAUGGCAACUCUGUCAUUGAGUUAGUCACAACUCCAACUAAGAUAACCGGUGUGCAUUAUGUGCGGGGCGUAGUUGUUUUCCAUGAUGUUUUUGACAAUGAACACAAUGUGGGUGGUGCCCAAAUAAAAGUGGAAGGUGUAUAUAUAUGGCCCUUUAAACAACUCCGUCUCGUGGCUAACAGCGGAAAGGAGAGUGAUUCCGGACAAGAAGAUGAUUACCUCCUCUCUAACCCCUAUCAUUUGCUUGGGAUUUUCUCCUCUCAGGUAUUUCAAGAAUCUCCAAAAGACAGAAUACUGAAAAAGAAAAUUUCACCUAUUUAUGAGAUGGAGAAGCAUUGUAAUAUUGAAAUAGCUGCCCAGAUAUCACGUGCGGCUCCUAAUGAAAAUGAUGCAGACCGGGAUUAUUAUCAUAUCGAAGGAUUGAUGGAAAGUCCUGCAGUUGACGAUGACGGAGAUUGUUUCUCGCCCUUGCUGCUAAAUGCAACCUCUGUAAACAUUGAAGUCUACUAUAACAAAGCCGUGAAUUAUACGUUGAUGGUCACUUUUGUCUCUUUCCUUCAGGUUCUUCUGUUAAUCCGACAAAUGGAACACAGUAAUACACAAUCUGGUGCUGCCAAGGUGUCAAUCGUAAUGAUUGGGCAACAGGCGAUAAUGGAUGCUUAUCUAUGCCUUCUACAUCUCACAGCCGGUAUAUUAGUCGAAUCACUGUUCAACGCAUUUGCAACAGCAGCAUUCUUCAAAUUUGUAGUCUUUUCGAUUUUUGAGAUGAGAUAUCUUCUGGCCAUAUGGAAAGCUAGUCGGCCUUCAAACAGUGGUGAUGGCUGGGGAACAAUGAGACGCGAGCUAUCGUUUCUGUACAGCCGUUUCUAUGGGAUUCUGCUUGGAGGCAUUCUGAUAAUGUACGAGUUCCACAGCUACAUGCGGCCGAUUCUUCUUCUCAUGUAUUCCUUCUGGAUACCGCAGAUAGUGGCAAACGUCAUCCGUGAUUCGAGAAAGCCUCUGCACCCUUACUACAUUGUUGGAAUGACGUUUACACGUUUAGCCAUCCCUCUUUACGUUUUCGGAUGCCCAAAAAACUUCAUGCGUGUCGAGCCGAGCAAUUUCUGGUGUGUUUGCCUAUGCCUCUUCAUGUGGUUUCAAGCCUCGGUCCUUCUCCUUCAGCACUAUUUUGGGUCCCGGUGUUUCGUUCCUCGCCAGAUGUUGCCGGAGAAAUACAGCUACUACAGAAGAUUGGAUAAGGAUGUAAACCGUACGAGCGACUGUGUGAUAUGCAUGACAGCCAUUGAGCUCACUCACCGUUCCAGCGACUGCAUGGUGACACCGUGCGAGCAUUUCUUCCACACGGGGUGUUUACAGAGAUGGAUGGACAUAAAGAUGGAGUGCCCGACUUGUAGGCGGCCGCUUCCCCCCGCUUAGAUUCUUCUCCUAACGUGGUAGCGACUCCCCGCCGGUAAAUACACUCUAAAAAUCAUCAUCAUGAAUUUCGAGCCAAAAAUAUAUUUUCCUUGUAUGGAAGAAAAAGGUACAGGGGUGGCGGUGUUGGUUAUAUAUACGUCUGAGAAGAAAUUUGUCGGCACUGAAUGAGGAAACUGGUGUAAGAUAACCCUCAAAGCUCUUGUAAAUUUUGCUUCUUUUUUUAUUUAUUUAAAUCUCUCCAUUCGAAUUUCAUGGUAAUGAGAAAAAUGUUUUUAAAAAAAUAAAUUAAUGGGUUUUUUUUCUGUUUA